UUCUUCUCUCUCUGCUUUACAAUUUUUUCUCUCAAAGAAGAAAAUGUCAGGUGUGGGACAGCUAUUUGGAGGAUCUUUCCUCUCGGCCUUCCUACAGGUGGCCUUCGACAGGUUUGCCUCUCCGGAGUUGCUGGACUUCUUACUCCAAUGGGAAAUCGAUUUGGAUGAAGUGGAGUCGUUGAAGCGGACAUCCGCCAUGAUUCAGGCCUUAUCUGAUGAAGCCGAAGUGAAGCAAUUCACCAACGGAGCAGUGAAAAUGUGGCUGGACCACCUCAAACAACUCCUCUAUGAUGCGGACGACAUAUUGGAUGAGUAUGCCACUGAACUUCUACGCCUAAAAUUGGAAUCUGCUCACCAAACCCAACAGGUUUAUAACAUCACCGAAGAGCUGCGAGGAAUUAAAAGGUCUGGAUCUAAAGUCAAGGAAAUCAACCAGAGGUUAAAAACUGUAACACAAGAAGGUGUUGCUCUAGGUUUGAACUCCAGCAUGGGAUUUGGGUCCUCAAGGUCCUUGGUAUUCAAUCAAAGGCCACCGACGAGUUCUUUGGUGAAUAAAUAUAAAGUUUUUGGUCGAGUGGAAGAUAUGGAGAAGAUUGUUGGAUGGUUGUUAUCAGACAAAACUCCCAAAACUCCAAGUCCCAGUGACAAUAGCAAUAAUUUUUCAGUGCUACCCAUAGUGGGCAUGGGUGGAGUUGGAAAGACGACCCUUGCUCAACUUGUUUAUAAUGAUGAGAAAGUUAGGAAGCAUUUUCAUCUGAAAGCUUGGGUUUGUGUAUCAGAAGAUUUUAAUAUGUUGAGGUUAACCAAAGAAAUUCUCGAGUCAGCCAUUGGUCCAUCCCCUGUUUCUCUUUCACUGGACUUGCUGCAAAUGAAACUUCAAGAAGUGUUGAGUGAGAAAAGAUUCUUAUUGGUUCUCGAUGACAUGUGGAACGAAAAUUACGAGAGAUGGGAUGCUUUAAGCACCGUUUUUGCAUUUAGUAAACCAGGGAGCAAGAUAUUGGUUACAACACGAAACAAAGGUGUUGCAUCAAUUGUGCGCACUGUUCCAAACAAUCAUUGUCUAAAAGGUCUAUCAGAUGAGGCUUGUUUUUCAUUGGUAAGAAGGCACACUUUCAUGGAUGAAAAUACAUCUGAUGCAAAUCAAAAGUUGGAAUUAUUUGGACAAGAAAUUGUGAAGAAAUGUAAAGGUUUGCCUUUGGCUGUAAAGACACUUGCUGGCCUCUUGCGGGAUAAAAGAGAGAGUAGUCAAUGGAAAGCUAUUUUGGAAAAUGAAAUAUGGGAUUUGAAAGAAAGUGAGAUCCUUCCAUCGCUCAUGUUGAGCUACCAUUAUCUUCCGCCACUUUUGAAGAGAUGCUUUGCAUACUGUGCAUUGUUUCCCAAGGACUAUGUAUUCAACAAGAUGGAAUUAGUCAUCUUGUGGAUGGCAGAAGGUAUUGUUCAACCAAAAGAGAAAAAGCGACUGGAAGAUAUAGGGGCUGGGUAUUUUGAUGAACUAUUUAUAAGGUCCUUCUUUGAGUUAUUUAAUCAUCGUCAUGCUUUUCCGGACUGCCAGUUGUUUAUUAACUAUUCAAAAGAACUUUGCACAAGAUCAUUUUCUGAAUCAAGUAACAUGGGAUCAGGAUUUGUGAUGCAUGAUUUGAUCCAUGAUUUAGCACAAUUUGUUUCGAGUGGAAUAUAUUGUAGGAGAGAGUAUGAUAAGCCAUCCCAAGUUCUUACUAUAGCCCGUCAUUUGUCCUAUGUUAUGGAUAAUUAUAAUACUGAGGCGACAAAAUUUGAGGCCAUGAAAAGCUUACGAACCUUUCUAACUCUAAAUGAUGCUGUAGGUAGACCUAGGAACUUUUUGCCCACCAUGCAAUUCCAAUUCCAGUUCCUACGUUUCAGAAAUUGUUGCAAUUGUGAGUUGCCUGAUUCAGUUGGCAAGUUGAAACAUCUAAGGUUACUUGAUCUCUCGCUUUCUGAUAUUGUGAAGUUACCCGACUCAAUUGGAAAUCUUUACAAUCUACAAUUGUUGACCCUUGCUGGUUGUGGGAGGCUUAGACAAUUGCCUAAAGAUAUGGGUAACCUCGUAAACCUUCGCUAUCUAUUUCUCCCUGCACAUUGGGGUUUUCAUAAAAUUCCAUUAGGAGUGGGUAACUUGACUAAUCUUCAAUCGUUGAGCACAUACGAUAUAGGGCCCAAAAAAAAGUUGUCCCAACCCCAUGGGACUCUGGACAAUUCAAAUUUGGGAAAUGUAAGUAAUAAUGGGGUAGAAGCCAUGGUGGCCAAGCUGUACAAUCUUGGGCUACAGUUGCACAACCUCACAUCACUCCGAAUUCUUCGAAUAUCAAAUUGUGAGAAUCUGGAGUCAUUAUCCAAGGGACUAUACACUCUAUCAUCUCUCCAAAGAUUAGUAAUUGGAAGUUGCCCUGCUCUUGUGUCCUUCCAAGAAACAAGGUUACCCAAUACACUUCAAGAAUUGAAACUCUUCGAUUGCGAGAAUCUGAGGUCACUACCCAAGGAGCUACACACUCUAAUGUCUCUCAAAGAAAUUGUAAUCGACAGUUGCCCUGCUCUGGUGUCCUUCCAGGAAACGAGGUUACCCAUUGCGCUUGAAGAAUUGGAGAUCAUAGAUUGUGAGAAUUUGGAGUCCUUGCCCAUGGGAUUACUGCAUAGUCUCAUGUCCUUCCAAAGACUAGAAAUCAAAGAGUGCCCUUCUCUUGAAUCCAUUCCAGACAUGGAUUCGCCCACCGCACUUCGAGAGGUAUCGAUUCUAAAUUGUGGGCAGCUGAAUUCCUUGCCCAAGGGGCUGCACAAACUCACAAAUCUCGAACAACUAGAAAUUGUUGAUUGCUCUUUUCUUACAAAGUGCAAGAAUCUUGAACCCCUACAUACCUCAGGAAUUCAUAAUCUCAUAUCUCUGUCAUAUCUUACCAUUGGUGGAUGUCCUACUCUUGUGUCCAUUCCAAAGGGCCUGCUUCCUACCAAUCUUAGGGAUUUUUGCAUCAAGGACUGCCCAAUUCUUGAAUCCCUAUAUGAUGGACUCUCUAACCUAACCUCUCUUAAACGUUUGGAGAUCCAGAAUUGUCCAAUGCUUACACAACAGUACCAAAAGAAGGAAGGAGAAGAGUGGUCCAAGAUUGUCCAAAUCCCUAAGGUGGCGUUCGACAGGUUUGUCUCUCCUGAGUUACUGGAGUACUUCUUACUCCGAUGGGAAAUCGAUUUGGGUGAAGUGGAGUCGUUGAGGUGGACAUCAGACAUGAUUCAGGCCUUAUCUGAUGAAGCUGAAGUGAAGCAAUUCACCAACGGUGCUGUGAAACUCUGGCUGGACCACCUCACACAACUCCUCUAUAAUGUGGAGGACAUACUAGAUGAGUAUACCCCACUGAAUUUCUGCGGCUGA